AUGGGUCUUGGAGACACCAUUAAAGAAAAUAAUAAAGCAUCCAACCAAGAAAAUGCCAAUGCUAUGAUAUUCCUGCGUCAUCAUCUUGAUGAGGACCUGAAAAUUGAAUAUCUUACUAUUAAGGAUCCACUCGUUUUAUGGAAAAACUUGAAAGAAAGGUAUGACCACCUGAAGAUGGUCUUCCUCCCAAAAGCACGACACGAAUGGAUCAAUCUAAGGCUACAAGAUUUCAAAUCAGUUAUGAAGUAUAACUCUGAGAUGUUCAGAAUUACUUCUAUAUUGACACUAUGUGGAGAAAAAAUUAGUGAUUCUGAUAAGCUGGAAAAGACGUUCUCCACUUUUCAUGCCUCGAAUGUGCUCUAUGACAAAGAAUAUCGAGAGAAAGGUUUCAUAAAGUAUUGUGAUUUGAUUGCUCAUCUUCUUGUGGCUGAACAAAAUAAUGAUUUGCUGAUGAAAAAUCACGAGAAUCGACCUACUGGCGCUGCACCACUCCCCGAAGUGAAUGAGGUAUAUGCCCACUACUCUAGGCGUGGAAAAGGUCGUGGCCCCAGUCGUGGUCAUGAUAAUAGUCGUGGUCGUGAUAAUAGUUGUGGCCGUGGUCGUGAUAAUGGUCAAAGAAGAAAUUAUUUUCCUGGUGUUAAUCACUCUUCAAAGAAAAAUCACCACCAAAAGGGGAAAAAGAAGGAUGAUAGGCAUGAAGUGCCAGAAGCACGUGGCUCGUAA